UAUAAAGUUCUAUGCCCUGACCCUGUGGAUCCUGAGAAACAGUCUCUCCUCCCUCAAUGCAGAUGUGUCCACCCUCAGAGACCACAGGUUACUGACCUUUAAAGCCAUCGCCCAGCUCUUCAUUCUGGGCUGCACAUGGAGCCUUGGUCUCCUCCAAGUCGGCCCAGCAGCCACGGUCAUGGCGUAUUUAUUCACGAUCGUCAAGAGCCUGCAGGGAGCCUUCAUCUUCCUGGUGCACUGUCUCCUCAAUCGCCAGGUGAGAGAGGAGUACAGGAGAUGGAUCAAGGGAUUCCGAAAGUUCAGCAUAAAAUCUCAGACAUACGAUCUAUCCAUGUCUGCUGUCCUCACCACCAGCACCAACACGGUGGAGUUGGCAGCAACCAGGGCCGGGUUCAAUACCUAGGGGUUCGAAUACAAAACCAAACCGGCUGGAGCCCCCUGUGAUGUUGCACUCCGUAUGCUUUAUGGAAAUAUGCUUAUUAAUAUAACAUAACUGCAAUAUACUUUACGCUAAAUAACUCUUGCAGGGUGUCUUUAGAAAGCUUAUCUGCUAAGUGUGUUCAUCCUAUUUGUUUGCAUGUGUUAUUUCUAUUUCUGGACUUAGGAGAAUAAGAUAUAAACUUGUCUCUAAACCACAGGAUUUGUGGACUUCAACAGCCAAGUUCCCAGUCAAGGGAAAGGGUUGGGACGGCUUUGUAGUCUGCAUCAUGCGGGAGGUCAGACUAGAUGAUAAUAAUGGUCCCUUCUAACCUUAAAGUCUAUGAGUAUCAGCGA